GUCACGUGACCGGCGGGUGGGCGCCCGCGCGCGGUUGCCAUGGCGAGGGCGGCGCUGGCGCUGCUGGGCCUGGGCCUGGGCCUGUGCUGGGCCCUGAGCCCCCCGAGCCCCAACAUCCUCAUCCUCCUCAUGGAUGAUAUGGGUUGGGGUGAUUUGGGAGCUUUUGGAGAGCCUUCUAAGGAGACUCCUAACUUAGACCAGAUGGCUUCUGAAGGGAUGCUUUUCCUGGACUUUUAUUCUGCCAGCCCACUCUGCUCUCCAUCCAGGGCAGCACUGCUGACGGGCCGUCUCCCGGUGAGGAAUGGCUUUUACACCACCAAUGCACAUGCCAGAAACGCCUACACACCACAGGAUAUAGUAGGAGGAAUCCCAGAUUCUGAAUUACUGCUUCCAGAGCUGCUGAAGAAAGCUGGCUACGUCAACAAGAUCAUUGGCAAAUGGCAUCUGGGUCACAGGCCCCACUUCCACCCCCUGAAGCACGGGUUUGAUGAAUGGUUUGGGUCCCCAAACUGUCAUUUUGGGCCUUUUGAUAACAGAGCACUGCCCAACAUCCCCGUGUACCGGGACUGGGAGAUGAUUGGCAGAUAUUAUGAAGAUUUCAAAAUCGAUCUGAAGACAGGUGAAUCCAACUUGACUCAGCUCUACCUUCAGGAAGCUCUCGAUUUUAUUACCAAGCAGCAGGCCAGCCAGCAGCCAUUCUUUUUAUACUGGGCAAUUGAUGCUACCCACGCUCCUGUUUAUGCCUCCAAACAUUUCCUGGGCACCAGUCAGAGAGGACUGUACGGAGAUGCCGUGCGGGAAAUCGAUGACAGCGUUGGGAAGCUCCUGGGCCACCUCCAGCAGCUGGGGAUCAGUGAGAACACUUUUGUCUUUUUCACCUCGGAUAAUGGGGCUGCUCUCAUCUCAGCUCCUAAGCAGGGAGGAAGCAAUGGUCGUUUUCUGUGUGGCAAACAAACCACCUUUGAAGGGGGGAUGAGAGAGCCAGCAAUUGCCUGGUGGCCUGGACACAUCCCUGCAGGACAGGUCAGUCAUCAGCUGGGCAGCGUGAUGGAUCUCUUCAGCACCAGCCUCUCCCUGGUGGGGCUGCAGCCCCCCAUGGACAGACAGAUUGACGGCAUCGACCUUUUGCCUGCCCUCUUGCAGGGCAAGCUCAUUGACAGGCCCAUAUUCUAUUAUCGUGGCAACGAAAUGAUGGCAGUGAGAGUCAGGCUCUACAAGGCUCACUACUGGACCUGGAGCAACUCCUGGGAGGAGUACAGCAAGGGUGUUGAUUUCUGCCCUGGGCAGAAUGUCUCUGGAGUAACAACCCAUACACAGGAGGAGCACACUACCCUGCCUCUGCUUUUCCACCUGGGGAGGGACCCUGGAGAGAAGUACCCACUGAGAACUGGUCUCCUCCAGGCUGUGAGAAGCUGGGAAAGUGCCUCACACCACCCAAGCCUGACCCCAAGAAGUGCUUUUGGCCUCACUGAUCUCCUCUGCAGCCCCCAAGAGCUACCCAGCAAAGCUGUAACCAGCAGGCCAGGGGCUUUACAGUGCAUGUCUCCUCAUGUUGGACUCCUGUUUACUCAGGAAGGGUGUGAUGUAUGGAUAUCAUCAUUUGCCCUUCCAGAAGGGCCAGUGUUUACACUGCUAGCACUCAGGGUUUACCCUGGACUUUUCUCCUGUUUCCCUAAAUGGUAACUUUUCAGUGAAGAUUGUUUCAAGUGUAAAAGCUCUCUGGACAACCAUAAUUCUGCCACCACCUCAGAAACACCACGGAUGCACCAUUCCCCUUGCUCCUUCCCCCCCAACCUGCCCUCUCAAGUCCUUGCUCAUUCAGCUGCCCCAAGAGCAGCCAUGGGAGGGACUGGUCAGGAAACCUGCAGCCUCCAGAAAACCCUGCCCAAACUGCCCUUGUUUUCUUUGCCUCUAACAUUUGGUGUCCAUUGUGAGCUCUUUGGACACCACCUUUGUUUUUCCUUUCUUUUUAAACUUCCAAGUCCUGGCUGCAGGACAGCCCAGGCUGUUGCUGUGCAUCACUGGGGGCAAACAAAUGCUCCCUCCUGCUCCUGCCUAAGGGGCUGCUCCAGGGAGGAACACACCCUUGCCUGCCUUCCAUCUGGAGCUGCCAGCAUUCCCUAGGUAACAGGAUGAAGAAAUGGAAAGUGGUGUUCAUGUAAGUACUGCCUGUGAUGGUGUGCAGGGUGCUCUUGGGGAGCUGAGGGUCAGUCACUCGUUUAAGAGGUUUCCUUCAUUUCCAGAAUCCUGGGUCUGAGUCUGCUUUAAGUCAUUUCUGGUCUCAUGCUCUGGGCCCAGCCAGCUCCAGGCUCAGCAGUGCCCAUUUACAUCAGAUGUUAACUCUUGACCCUGUUUCCAGCGUGUGCUCUCUGAGGAAUUCUUGUGCAAACUUUCCACAGCCUGGCUACAGCACUCCUUUAAACAGAGUUCACAGGAAAGGCUGAGCCUCUCUGCAGUUUGACACUGCACUUUUUUUUUUCUCAACUGCUUUUGAGCCUGUUUCACACCCUUCUCUAGUGCUAAUGAAAGCAACAAAACCCACCAAGGUUACUCUGGGGCUGCAGGGGAGCAGUGAGAAGCAGCCCUGAGCCUGCUCUUUGCACCACCCACAGCUCCACAUCCACCCCUCUGUACAAGUCCUCUCCACAUGGCUUGGGAAAAUCCAGGAGCUCUCUACCUCUCCUUCCCAAGCAAAGCUUGGGGCUGGCUUGGGAGCUUUGCUGCUGGGUCACUGCUGUCACCAGCUACAGGCUCCUCAGCUCCUUGUCCUUACCCUCCCUGUAAUCCCAAAUGCUCUCAUUCUCUCCCUUCCCAUGAUUUGUGCUACCUGUAAUCCCCUGCCCUGUAAUUCCUGCUGUGUAUCUCAUGAAGCUGGAUAAUCCUCUCAGAUGGCAAUAAGAACAGCACUUGAGUCUGCUCUUGCUGUUCCACCUCUCAGAAUCCCAGCCAAGGUUCCAUCAGCUGGCAGAGCCCCUGGAGCUCUCUCUGCAUCUUCAAAGGGCAUUUGUCUCCAGUCCAAAUUUCUUAGCUGCCUUCUGAGGUUCCUAAUUGUCCAUCAAGAAUAAUGAGGCAUUUCCAGUUCAGCCAUAACAUUUCCCCUGGUUCUGACAUAGCUGAAAUCCUGAGAGGUUCUGACCAGGCUGUUCUGCAGGGAAAGGGCUGGGAGGAGGACUUGGAGCAGCCCUGGGUGCCUGCCAGCACAGGAGAGCAGACAGAACCAGGAACUCCCCAUUUUCUAGGGCUGAUCCAGCUCUGCUUUAGUGCUUCUGUCACCCGGAAUUGUUCCCAGCCCUGCAGCUGACUUACCAGCAGAUAAAGGAACCACCAGAGGAGGGAGUCCUCAGCUGCAACUCCCUGAAAAUCCUUCUCAGCCAUCACAUAAUUCCUGAAACAUCUGCUGCAAACUCUUAACUGUGUGCAGCUAAUGAAGAGCUCCCAUCACAGGAGCCUCAGCUCAGCCCAGAGGAGGUUUUCAGUCCAUAACCUUUGCAUCAAGCACAUCAGGAGCAUCCCAGGUGCCCCCUGCUUCCCACUCCACUCUUGACUCUUUUUCCAGCUUGCAGUUUGGAGGAUGCUGCUAUUCCCUGUCUGUGUGGCUUGUUUGGAGAAGCCAGCCUGUUCUCAGCACACACUGUGUUUAUCUGGUAACUCAGCACCCAGACUCCUCAUUCCUGGUUGAAAUAACCCCUCGGUGCAUGGAGACUGAGUGUAAACUCUGCACUUGAAAGUUGGCUGCUGCGAGGGAGUUGACUUGCUGGCUGUUUAUGAUCUGCUUCUUGUCCAUUUGUUAUAAAAGAUCAAAGCUUCAUGUGAAGAAUCUACUUCUCUAAAUUUAAAUAUGAAGAUUUACAGCUGGGGAGAAUUUUAAAUCAGUGCCUUGCCCAAAGAUCUGGAAGUCGUGGGAU